AUGUUUCGAUACAGUAAAACUAAUAUUAAGCACACUCUGGACCAAAUUUCCUUUAAUUUGGGACUAUUUGAAAGAAACUAUAGCAAAAAAUCAAGCCAAAAUGAUCAAGAUAAUCUUUAUGAAAUUGAUUUAAAAAGAAAUUCGAAAAUUAAUGCGUCGACUACGAGCAUACUGCCAGAAUCUGCGGACGUUGUUAUCAUUGGUGGAGGAAGCAUUGGAUGCAGCACGGCGUAUCAUUUGGCAAAACUUGAAAUUGGAAAAAUUGUUCUUAUUGAAAAAGAUAGACUUACUUCGGGAACGACUUGGCAUAGUUCAGGUAUCUUUUGGAAUCUACGUGAUAAUCGUACUUUAACUCGAAUGCAAAUAUACACCCGUGAGCUACUGAGUCGGAUUCUUCCGGAGGAAACUGGAUUCGAUUCGGGAUGGAUCAACACCGGCUCGAUAUCUUUAAUAAGAAAUAGAACACAAAUUGAUGCAUUCGAAAAGAUAAGUUUGAUUGGUUCAGAAUUUGGAGUUGAAUCGCGUAUGAUUGAUACAGAUGAAAUAUCCAAGUUACAUCCACUCAUUGACACUAAAGGAAUACUGGGUGGAUUGUACUCACCGGAUGACGGAUCGCUUGAUCCAGCAACAUUGUGUACUUCAUACAUCAAGGCUGCAACAAAAUAUAAAGCACAGGUUAUAGAGAAGUGCGAAGUAAAAAAUAUAAAAACGGAUGAAGAUAUUUCUGGAAUGAAAAGGAUUGUUUCCAUAGAAACGAACCUUGGUAGCAUCAAGACAAAUAAAGUAAUUAAUUGCACUGGUGCUUGGGCUCCGUAUAUCGCAAAGAUGGUGGGAAUGAAACUUCCGCAGUUGACCUACGAAGUUGCAUACUUUCUUACUCAAGGUAUUCCUGGAAUUAAAAAUGUUCCAAAUAUUCGUGACACAGCAAGAGGAGUUUUCAACAAACGACAAGGACAUGCUAUUUUAUUUGGAGGAUACGAAAACAACAAAAAACUCGUUGGCUUGGUAGAAGAAGACUUUUCAUUUAGUUUAUAUGACACUGACUGGAAACGUUCCGAACCUUAUAUACAAUCAGCAACUGAUCUUAUUCCUGAAAUCGCAAAAGUUGGAAUCAGAUCAACUAUAUGUGGCCCAGAGUCAUUUACACCGGAUGGAAAUCCUCUCAUUGGGGAAUCUCAAUAUGUUAAAGGAUUUUUUAAUGCAAGCGCUUUCAGCGGCGGUGGUUUGAUGUUGGGAGGGGGAGCGGGAAAAGAACUUGCCCACUUGGUGGCGUAUGGCAGACCGGAAAAUGAUUUCAAAAUUUGUGAUCUCAAGCGUUUCUCGUCCUCUUACAAUGAGACAUGGUUAAAAGAGAGUUGCCACGAAUAUAUUUUCACAAGAUAUGAAGCGAAAAAUCCCAAUCAAAAUCCUUUGGCUGGCAGAAAUCUCAGAACAACUCCGUUAUCUGAGAUUCACCUUAAAGAAGGAGCGUAUUUCACGUGUAUUCAUGGCCGGGAAGUGCCAGAGUUUUUCGUGCCUGGCCAGACCUUACCGUUACUCAACUACGAUUAUUCCGGCUGUUACGGACACAAAAAGAAUGUGGAUUACAAAUACAGAGAAAUGAUGGAUAGAGAUGGAAGUCACUUGCCAGAUGUGGAUAUAAAUAAACAGGUUGGGAUCGAAGUAGAGUCAAUUUUCAACUCUGCAGCCGUUGUCGAUUUAUCUCAUUUGAGUCAGUUUGAUAUUUCUGGAUCAGAAUCUGACAAAUUAGCAAGACAACUUUUCACCUGUGAUGUCACAAACUUGUUGAACAAUCAUCAAACUGAAGCGCUAAUGCUAAACGAAGAAGGAAAAAUAUUAAGUUACGUCACUGUUAUUAAGCAUGAAAAUCAGUAUCGAAUCACUGCUCCUUCGCAACAGCAAGAAUUUAUUCUUCAUCACAUCAACCAGUUGGUACAAUACAGUAAACACAAUUGCUCUGUCGAUGACAUCACAGGAAGAUUUGCUCUUUUAACCUUAUGGGGACCUGAAAGCGCAAAACUUUUACAUCGCGUCUCUGACGACUGGAAAGACUUACAACCUGGCGAAUGCUUAAGCUGUGGAAUGGAUAAUACAAAAGUACUGAUAUGCAGAAUGAAGACCACGUCUCCUUUAAUAUGUUAUCAAGUCCACUGUAACAUGGAGGAUGCUGUUUUCAUCUACGAUCAUUUAGUUUCUUCAAACAUUCGACCAGUUCCUGCAGGAUUGAGAUCUUUGAAGUCUGUUUGUAUUUAUUCAGAUUUUUCAAAUCUUCUCAACGUUAGUCUGCUGGGUUUCGCUCCUCAUGAAGUCGGAUUAUCACAUUUAUGUGCAACUGAUGACGACAGAGAAUAUAUUGGGAAAAGUCAUUUAAUGAAGAAAGAAAACCGGAGUAAGAUUCCAAAGGUCUUCAACUUGACGGCAGUUUCAGAGGGAACACUAUUUCCGGGUGACGUGAUAUGGAAAAAUAACGUCUACGUUGGAACCAUCAUAGAUUGCAUUUAUGAUUACAAAUCAAAUAAAUAUCAAAUGAAAGGACUUAUCACUAUGUCACCGGACAAGUUCUUUUCAUCCAUACAGACAACAACUCCAAAAUUAAUUGUCGGCAGGAGGUCUUACAAAGUUGCCGCAGAAAUGUGUUUCGAUAAAUGAAAUACGUUUCUGAUAUGUUAUGACAUUCUUGAAUAAAGAAGCCUUGAGUGGUGCCUGACUUUAUUCUUUUUACUCGUGUCGUUGUAAUGAAUUAGUCGCGGGAAAAGCAGUUUUUCGCUCUGAAUUUUCGCUCGCGAAAAAUUCAGAGGAGGCCAAUUCCUAUUACCCUUUCUAGAAUUAUAUCAAUCAUACAUUUAUAUUCUUAAUUAUCUGACGGUCGUUAUCGUUAAUAUUAUCAAGCUGUCGGUGUUCUACGUGGUGCAAACUAUUAUAUGUGUUCAAGCAUGUAUUUGAGUCAAUGUAUGCCUUUUUACACUUCAACAUUGCCCGACUGUUUCACGAAUUGGCAACAAUUCCUUUUUGCAAGAACAACCGAUUCGUUACCGGACACUUUACGAAAAUUCAAUAGUGUGAGCUAUUAGGAAUAUUUAUAUAUAUUAAUGAGCAACGGAAUGUUAUGUGUAUAGUAUGUUGACGCUUGCUGCAGAUACCGCCGAUUUAAAAAGUAGUUGGCUGGCGUCCUCGUGCCGUUAAAUUACAUUGAAAAUAUCUUUUUGUAGCUGUACACUUAAUGAUUUCAAUGUGUCGCAUUGUAUCAAAGUAAAAUGAAUAUAAAAACAUUCGAA